UCCGGUUAAAAAGAAACCCCAGGUUGACAGCCUUGCUGUACACCUCACAAAGCUGCUUGCCCCCUCGCGAGCUGAAGUGAUGGCUCUCCCCUUCCGAAAAGACUUGGACAAAUACAAGGACCUCGAUGAGGAUGAAAUCCUGGGCAAGUUAACGGAAGAAGAGUUGAAACAACUGGAAACCGUCCUGGAUGAUCUCGAUCCAGAGAAUGCACUGUUGCCCGCAGGGUUCCGGCAAAAGGACCAGACUUCCAAAAAGCCCUCCGGUGCUUUCGACAGAGAGAAACUUCUUUCGUAUCUGGAGAAGCAAGCGCUGGAGCAUAAAGACGUUGAGGAUUGCGUCCCGUUCACGGGAGAAAAGAAAGGGAAAGUAUUUAUCCCAAAGCCAAAGCCAGUACAGUCUUACGCAGAAGAAAAAGUGAGUCUUGAUCCUGAACUGGAGGAAGCAUUGACAAGUGCUACAGACACUGAACUAUGUGACAUUGCAGCUAUCCUGGGAAUGCACAACUUGAUAACCAACUCUCAGUUUUGCGAUAUUGUGGGAAGUAGCAAUGGAGUCGCCAAUGAAAGCUUUUCAAAUGUGGUCAAAGGUGAAAAGAUCAUGCCCGUCUUCAACGAGCCACCAAAUCCCACAAACGUAGAGGAGAGUUUGCAAAGGAUUAAAGACAACGAUUCGCGACUUGUUGAAGUCAACUUGAACAACAUAAAGAACAUUCCCAUUCCAACACUGAAAGAAUUUGCCAAGGCGUUGGAAACAAACACUUACGUGAAGAGCUUCAGCCUUGCAGCUACUCGGAGCAACGACCCUGUUGCUGUCGCUCUUGCCGACAUGUUGAGGGUGAACAAAACACUGAAGAGUCUAAACAUUGAAUCCAACUUCGUCACCGGUGUGGGCAUAUUGGCAUUGGUUGAAGCACUCAAGGAGAACGAAACCCUGAGCGAAAUAAAGAUCGAUAACCAGAGGCAGCAGUUGGGGACCCCUGUAGAAACGGAGAUUGUGAAGAUGCUCGAGGAGAACACAAAGAUCCUCAAGUUCGGAUAUCACUUCACACAACAGGGACCGCGAGCCAGAGGUGCGGAUGCAAUUACGAAAAACAACGAUUUGGUCUGGCGUAUAGGAGUAAAAAUGCCAUCAAAUGCCCUUUCAUCUCUUCAGCCCUGAAGCUUCUGAGACAGUUCGCAAAAGAAGAGUAGAAGGAGACCAUCAGUAAACCUUACCGACUGCCAGAUGUGUGUGGCAUGGAGAAUUUGGAGCUCCUCCAGGUGCAUCGGCUUAGAUGGUUUCUUCGGCAACCUCAAGAUUACUUCUUACCUGGGUAGAAGGGAAAAGACUGGAAUCGCCAUUCCUCCUGUUGUCGGGUGUUCUGUUUUUGUGUGUCUGUGUUGUAAAUGUAUAUUUGUAUGCGUGCUAUCCAACACAUGUAUGUUCAAAGCCUUGUAACUACAUCUGCCCAAGAUCAGUUCUUGAACAGCCUUUCAUUUCAGAACUUGGGUGUGUGUCUUCCACAAAGAUAAGUACCAAUUCUAGCAUCUGCGGAGUAUCUGUAUGACAUGCAGUCAAGGAUCAGCAGGUAGUUUUAAAUCUGCAGGGAGCAAGUUUUCAGGCAGGAAGCCCAGAGUCCUUAUUUAAAAUACGGACUCCAUAUUUUUAGAAAACAAAUGUUUCGGGUGGGGGUGGGGGAGAGACCCUUCCAAGAUAAAGCAAAGGACUUUGACCACUUACUUCAACUUUGUAUGGGAUGCGGAUGAAUUGCUGCUGCCGCAGUUACUCCUCCGGUUGUUAACGUGCUUUGACCAUGUAGAAUGCUUUCUUGAGAAGGAGAUUUAAGCUUGAAACUUCUUUUUAUAAGAGAUUAUUAUCCCACUUUUAAGGGCUGCUUCUACUCUUUUACCUCAUUGGAGGUAAGUGAAGCCGACAGAAAUGGAGAUUGGUAUUUUAAGCCCACGGCCUUUGCAAUAUCUGGUUGGCUUCCUUUUCUGUCAACUUACAGAACAUGACAUUUCGGCACCUUUGUUCCGUUAUGUCUGAACUGGAUGUAUUUAUAGACCUUUUGGUGUUUUUGUUUCAUCCGCAUCGUGUUGAGUUAUAUUCCUUGGACUCUUCAGUGGCAGCAUGCCAAACCUACACAAACGGCUUCUGAGUCAUAGCACAGCAUCAAGUAGCAGUCCGCUGGUAUGCUGUUUUGUGUAGGUCAAAACACAUGGCAACCAAGUUUUAUGCUUUCGGCUGUGAGUUCUGACCAAUGUGACAUGGCACGUUUUUAGAAACUUCAGGCUUUCUGUACUUACCAGCACCCACAGACAGCUGUUGCGGCCUUGCAGCCACUGAGCACCUCAACAGGGCCCACUUUCACCGAUGCCUCUCAUGGGCCACCAUUUUAAAUUACCCACAAUGCCCCUGGGCAGCCAACAGAGCAUCACUUGGGCAUUGUGAGGAAUUAAAAUGGCUCCCAGUUGGGUGUCACUACUUUUAGUUUCCCACGAUGCUCUGGGCCAAUACAUUGACUGCUCUGAGAUGCUGUGGGGAUUUUUGAAUGGAGGCUUCUCAGUUGUCCAACCUUGCCACUA